UCCGCCAUUAUUCGUAAAGGAACGGAAAUUGCCGAUAUUUAUUGCUUGAUUUGAUUCUACGGGUUUAUUUUAAUGCAAAAGGGGCAAAUUAAACCAAAAACCGAACAAACUAAAUAUUUACUUGUGUGCUAUGUUAAAACACCGUGUUUGAAGCGUACACUUUAGUGGUUUUGUGCUCAGUUAUUUUAUUCCGUUAUGGCCGAAGUCGACAUUGCCGAGGACAUUCCGAACGGAGACGAUUCGGCCUUCGUGGAUGAACAUCAACAAGCAGCCGAUACAGAACACGAUGUCCAAUCCCAAGACCAUGUUAUUGCUGACAGUGUUCACGAAUCGAUCACCCCUGAUCAAGUUUUCGUUGCAACAUCACAGGGACUUAUAUCUGCCGACCAACUUCGAGAAGCAGGAAUAAAAACGACGCAUAUUGUUAUCCAUGAUAACACGCUGACGACAGUCGAUUCGGGGGGACUGAAGACACCAACCACUCCCCUCCCCCCACCUACCCCAGCUACACCUCUCAGUAAAGAAAGAGGUUUUAAAUAUCAAUGGGACACCUCCGUACACCAGAUGAUUUUACCAGUUAGGUGUAAAAAUUUAAAUGGAGAGCUCCAUAAAAAUAGAUUUGGUUCAGGUGGUCGUGGUAAAUGUAUUAAAUAUGAAGAGAAUUGGUAUACACCUAACGAGUUUGAAUCAUUAGCUGGUCGAGCGAGUAGUAAAGAUUGGAAGAGAAGUAUUAGAUAUGGAGGACGUACGUUACAGUGUGUUCUAGAGGAUGGUUUAUUAAUGGCGCACGCUACCUCUUGUACAUGUGCUUCUUGUUGUGAUGACGAAAGUGUGACUGGCCCAGUUCGAUUAUUUGUACCAUAUAAAAGGAGAAAGAAAGAAAGUGAGAGUGGUCCCCCUUCACCAACUGGUUCUAUGUCAAAGAAAUCACGGAUUGGUUCCAUUAAAACAACUACUUCACCACUUACUAAAGAUGAAAAGUAUAUUGUGUCGAUGGCGAAUGGCGUGAGUUCCACCAUGACACGAACAUGUGCUGUUAGUCAUCAUAUGCAGAUGGGAUCUAAUAAAGAGGGUGAAACUGUACAGAUAGUAACAGCUGAUAGUGCAGGCAACCUUGUAGCCGGAGAUACAGUUGUCAUGACACCAAUAGCCCUAGCCCCUGCUCCAAAAGCUACUGUAGUCACCAUGGAUGUCACAGAACAGAAAAACUGGUGGCAACUUGAAGAGAUCUCUAAUAAUCUGUUGUUACAAGUACAACAAUUAAAGGCUAUGAUAGAACAAGUAAGACAACAGAGUUUAAUAUCUAAAGAAAGUCAACUACAACAACUGAGAUUACAGAUGGAGAAGGAGAAACAAGAUGCUAUCAAAGCUAUAAAUGCACAGCGUAUCGAGGCCCAGAUGAACUUGUCACGAGUCGUGAUGGAGGAGCGUGCCCAGAGAGACAUUGCUAUUCAGCAGGCGUUGGCCCAUGCUCGCUCGGAAUUACAGGAUAAAGUAGAAUCGGUGACUGUGGUUUCUGACGAUAAAGUGACUUACAAUGUGACGUGGUCACAUCAGAAUAAUCAAACGAACACAACCAUUGAUAAAAUCAUGGACGGUGAAGAAUCAGACUCUGAUAAAGAAAAGGAGUAAUAUGUCAGAAAGGAGUUCACUUGUCACCAAGGCGACAUCCUUAAUUUCAAUCAUGUUUGAUGAGAUGUUUUGAGAUAAUGAAUUUUUCAUUAAGACAUAGAAAAUGAACACAAUGACAAAGAUAAUGAAUAUUUCAGCUUCAUUAAGAUAAUGAAUAUUUCAGCUUCAUUAUUACAAAGUUUUUACAUUGGAACAUUAUUAUACCGAGCGUUGCUAUAAGACAUGUGGAGGGUGAGGGGGUGUAGCUUUAUAGUGUAGCCCUUGUGUACAAGCCUGUAUUUUUUAAAUUUUAACAUUGUGCUGCAGAUUUAUCAUAAAUAUCAGUACAAAAUAAGGAGAUCAAUAUAUUCCGGACAGAAUGACAGGCAUCAGUGAAAGCAUGCCUGAUAUAGUAUGAAUUUGUGCCUGAGAAGUGACAUUAAGGGUUUUUGAAAUACAGAUGUGACAUCAUCCUUUGAUGCUGGUGUACCAUUAUUUUAAAUAAUGGUACCGACAACGUGCUAAUCGUACAUUAUUUAUAUUUGAUAAAGGGAACAUCGGACUCGUGUGACGAUUACAUUGAACUGCAUGUGCAGGAUAGUGUCUUGUCAUUUUCGGUAUCCUUCAUUUACUCCACUAACCUCUGGGUCCAUCCACAGGGUUUUCACAAAUCUAAAUUAUCUACCCUUGAUCGUAGCGUUAUUUUACGAACCAAUCAACAAACAGUUUACAUACCAGUCUUGGUGUCGUCAUUGUUUACGUUCACCACAAUAAUCUUAGUUGCAAUAAAAUGUGAGUUACUUCCCUUCGCCCACUCAGCACUCGAUUGGAUGAUAAAAAUAGCAGAAGUAUAAUUUGACUAUGUCUCUCCCAUGGAUGGACCCAGAGGUUAGUGGAGUGUCUGUAUUUAAAGUUGUUUAACUGUCUUGAGCGUAAUAUAUUGAAACAACACUCAGACUACAUGUAAUGGCCUUGUGUAUUAUCAAUAUAUUACUUAAUUUCUCUGUUUCGACCAUUAAACGACUCUAGUCAGUGAACCCUACUAUAUCUCUACUGCUAUUGUGAAUUUCUAUAACUAAAUCACUGAAGAUACAUAAUUUGCACACAUAAUGAACUUUUCUUUUUUGCCUUUGUAUAAAAUUGUAAAAACUUUAAUUAAAGGACAAAGUAGCAAUGUGAUACCCAUCUACCAAGGCCAUACUUAGAAUAAAUUUUAAUUGACCUACUAUCAAUUUUUAAUACAUUGCAUUGGGAAGCUACAUGUACAACCCUUUUUAGUUUUUAGGUAAUUUAGAGUUAGAGAAUUUCAUUAAUUCCCAUGCGUAGGGGGUAUUUAACAGUGGGUGGGGGUUGGACAGGCGAUCCUUAUCACUACAAGUGGGUAAUCAAAACCGCGCCAUUUGACUCAUUGACACCUUAUGAUACAACGCGCACGCCUUAACCAUUUGGCCAACACCACAUCCACCACCCCCCACCCCCCACCCCACACGCACACACACACCCCCUCAUCUCUUGAUCUUGAAUCCCUUGCAAAUACAAUAUUGUAAUAGUUGAAAUUUCUUAAAAGAAUAGCAGUCCCAAUAUGGUUCAAUUUUUUUUCGGUGGUUAAAAAGAUAAUGUCAAAUCUCUCAAAUGAUGGUCAUCAGUAAUGAGAUUUAGUUCUUCUAAAAGAUCUGUUGAAAUUUAGCUUCUUUUUUCUAGAGGUGCUUGGUUUUCAAUAGCUCCAAAUAUGUAAAGAUUUGAAAAUUUAAGAAAAAAAAAUCACUCACAUGGGCCUAUUUA